CGAAAUUAGUCUUCUGGUCAUUGUGGUAGAUGUCAACCCGAUAUGGUGGGGUCAGCAGUCUCAGAGACAACCUGAGUUUCUGAAUCAUUUGGAUGAAGGACUAAAAUCGCUGUUGAAUUCUCAAAUCUGAUUGGUCGAUCAUUUUCUCACAACACCAAAUCCCCAGUUCACACUGUCCAAAUGUCUGGAUGCGGUGAUCGUCAUGGCGAACUCUCACCUGGUGAUGACCAGAACCAACAAACUGGCCAUCAUCGCGAGCCACUGCCAGGAGAAUCACUUUCUAUACCCAAGCAAGUACUGGAAAGCAGGAGAAGCUUCCGGGGAUCACGUGUCGGGACCCGGCGACGGCAAAUACGAGCUGCUGUCCGUUGCUGACGACGUCAUCGCUGAUGAGAUCAGGAAUCUCAUGUCCAGGACGCAAGUCAGAGGACACCAGACCGACACGUUACUGGCUGGAUCCCUCGCCAAAGCUCUCUGCUAUAUUCAUCGGGUGUCUAAGGAACUGGAAGCCGGUCGAGACUUGAAGUCGAGGAUACUGGUGAUAAAAGCAGCUGAGGAUUGUGCUCUGCAGUACAUGAACUUCAUGAACGUGAUCUUUGCUGCACAGAAACAGAAUGUCCUGAUUGAUGCGUGUGUGCUGGACUCAGAUUCAGGCCUUUUGCAGCAGGCUUGUGAUAUAACUGGUGGUCUGUACCUAAAGAUUCCCCAGAAAACUGCUCUGGCGCAGUAUUUGUUGUGGGUUUUCCUGCCUGACGCGGAUCAGCGUUCGCAGUUGGUGCUUCCUCCACCGGUACACGUGGACUACAGGGCGGCCUGCUUCUGUCACCGCAACCUCAUCGAGAUCGGUUACGUCUGCUCAGUGUGCCUGUCAAUAUUCUGCAACUUUAGUCCUAUCUGCACGACAUGCGAAACGGCCUUUAAGAUUCCACUGCCGCAGAUGAUGAAACCGAAGAAAAAGAAACUUAAAGCUGCAAACUGAUCCAGUCAACUGACAAAUAUUCAUCUACGAUCGAGUUUUAUUUUGGAUGCGCAUUUUUUUUGUAACUUAAAAACCAUGAACGUGGGCAUUAGAUUUUUGCAGGAAUCAUGCGUAAGAACAAGGUUGAACUAUUAUGGACAAUAAUUUUGGGGAGCUAUUACAGGUUUCCAUUUUUGUAUUGUAAAUAGGAAAUAAAGAUGAUGCGUUUUGAUUAUACUAAA